AGCAGACCGCCCAGGAUAGUCGUAGAGCCACAGAGCUCUGUUUCGCUUUCUGUCUGCGGAUCAUAACGGUUUCAUAUCAAGGCGUUUACAUCACGAAACUAUCCCGCAGCGAUCGGCGUUUAUUUUCUUCCGUCCUUCUCUGGUGAUAAAACCAGGCGAGCGCAGAAGAGAACGCGCAGUAAUGGGAAGACGCGGCGUGGUUUCAUUAGGUUACAUUUCCGAAGAAUGAUCUAUCCAUCUGUCGAUCACAUUUUACGAGCACAAACAUCCUUCUCCAUGCAUUGGACGUAGACUUUCGGAGCACAGAAGAGUUUUGAGCAUGCACGGCGCUUAAACCGAGGAAACCAACAGUUUUUACAAACAAUUCUCGUCGCUUCGCUGACACUCUUGAUUUGAUCUCUGGAUGUAUUUUUGCUGCUCUUGUGUCCUGCAGUGAUGUGCACCGUGCCAAACGCGCGUAGAUGCUAUGAAAUAACACAAGAUGUUGCAGUUUUGGGGGUUUUCAGCUGAGAUGUGUCUUAUUUCAUUCGCUAAACUUCAGUGUUGCCCUGUUUGGCGAUGAGUCUUCAGCAGCAGCAUCAUUAGAAAGCAGUUGUGUGUGUGUGAGCACGUUGAUGCUUGCGUUUUAAUAUGCAUGAAUGUGAUGCUUUCUCUUUUUAAAGUGCAUUUACGUUCAUAGCGCUUCAGUUUAGUCUUCUAGUUGAGCAUCAUUUUCAGACAUCUGUGUGUUUGUAGGGACGUAUUGUGGUUGAUGUGUGAUCCAUGUUGGCUGUGCAUGACAUUCUAGGCCACUUUAACGCUGCUUUAACUUUUUAGGUUCAUAAAGCGUCAUCUUCGGUGCAGGCAUUUGCUUGCCUAAUAAGAUGUUUGAUAUGCAUUAAUGACACAUGUUGGCUGUGCAUAUUUUAGACUACCCAAAUGCUGCUUAAACUUCGUAAAGUGCAUUUAUGUGCAUAAACGCAUAAUUUCGCCUACCAGUUGAGCGUCAUUGUCAUUUUCAGAAAGCAGUGUGUUUACUGGCACUGCUUGCUUUUAAGGCGUUUCAAUGUGCAUUGAUGCGAUGACUUUUGGUUUUGCAUGUUAUUAUAUGCUGCUUUAACUUAAUGUAGUAGUUACAUUUAAGUCUAUAUAGUUAACAUUUCGUGUCCUGUAUGGGCAUUAACAGUGUGUAGAUUGUUUUGGCUGAGCUUAACAUUUUGUUGCUUUGACAUUUAAGACCUUAAAAUCUCAUUUCGGUCUCCCAGAUGUUGCAUGACUGCUCUGAAACUAAAGGAAGCUGGUUUUGAAGCAGUGAGUGCGCAAUGACGCUGUUGUUGUGCGCAAAUGUGUUGACGCCACCUGUGGUCUCUUAAAUCGAUUGUUUCAGGAAGGUUUAGUCACUUUGACCAGGAGAGAGUUCAGUUUGCACAGCAGCCGUGUUGCUUGCGCUUUCUAACUAAGUUUAGGUGUGUAUCCUCGUGCGUAACGCGUAAGUGGAGAGUUUAAAUGGUGCUCCGAAAGUUACCCGGUGUCUCCGCAUCGGGCAUGGGGCUUCGUCUGUCUCAGAAAUUCGUGUUUCUGCUGUUCUUGUCGGGGUUGGUUACUCUGUGCUUCGGGGCACUUUUCUUUCUACCCGACAGCGUGCGCCUGAAGCGCAUCUUUCUCUCCAAGAACGAGAAUCCCGCGGUGACCGUGGGCUCCGACAAUGAGCUUUCCAAAAAGGUGCCCGGGGAUCCAGAGCAUCAGCGGGUGGGUUUAAAAGGGGGCGAGGGGUCGAAUGUCAAACUGAAAGUGAGCCGCAAGCCCUCGGUCACCCAUGGAGCGAGAACCGUGGAGAGAUCUGUUGGGAGUAGAGCGCAGGACGAGUGGAGUCCGGCGAAGGCGCACGAACCAGCGGCCAGGGACGAGCGGGUCACCUCGGCCGCCCAUAACGGGCAACGCGGGAGCGUUUACAGCUAUGAGACGUUUAAAAAGUGUCUGCUGAAACCACCUUUGGGGAAGAACAUGGGAACUCCGUCGGAUUCCGAGACGCUUCAGCGGAGGGAGAAAGUCAAAGAGGUAACAUGCUUUAUUUUACUCUUUUACCAUGGCAAAAGGCCUUCAGGCGCUCUCUGUUGCUGUUGUAAGAUGACCCUGCUGCAGUGCUGAUGGCGGCUGGUUUUAAGGCUUUCGGAGGACGAGAGCUUGAUCUGCUCAGCUUUGAUGUAUUUUCCUAAAUAAAGAAGAGGAGGACGAUGCC